CUCUACUGGGUCUCAACACUGUAGCCCAGUCUGGCCUGAAACUAGGUUGCCCAAGCGACCUUGAGGCAUUCCUCCUGCCUCAACAUCCUGAAUGCUGAGUGCUGGGAUUACAGGUGUCAACCAUCACUCCAGGCUGUGAUGCUCCUUCCCUUGCCUUAGUGUCUUUAUUUAGACUGUCAUCUGCUCACAGUAUCUUUCCAAAGGCACUCAUAACCACUGCCUACACCUCCACUUUGAGACCCUUGGCUCUCAAUUCUGCCUGAUUUGUGCAUUUAUUACAGCAGGAUCAUCAUGGCGGAGGGGGUGUCCCUGUUCCUCCUUUGCCUAGGACUUUUAAGUGUAGGACCAGACCUACUUGUUCCCAAACUGCCAGAACUGGUGAGGCGCAGAGCUCACUGAAAGAAAACGAGGAGGAGAUGAUCUGGGUAGGGGGAAGCCGGGGUCGGGGUCUCUUUUUCUUCUUUUCCGUAGUCCUCUGGUCUGAGUUCCUUGCAGACUUCAGGAACAGCAACGAUCCCAACCGGCAGGAAAGGAAGGUGGUGCGGCGUCAGGAGAUCGGGGAUGAAUGGACCAGAGCCCCCAACCCUCUACCUGAAGCCUAAAAUCCUGAGAACAUCCCAGACCCUGGUAGACUCAAGGGAUCUAUCUCUCCUGAUCCUCCUACUGCCUUAUCACUUUGUUCACUUAGCUUAAUUCAUCCUACAGAGCUUGGUAUCAGCGCCACCUCUCGUCCAACAGUGACAGGAAAAUGAAUAGAAUUUGAUAUUCCCCAAAGGGCGGGGCGGGGCGAGGGUGGUAGGAAUGGGAAGAGCGCGUGGACUGCCAUCUUUGUUAGGGGCAGAUGCUGAUGACUACCGAGCACCAGAGAGACCUAGAAGUUUCCGGCCGCUCGCGGGAGAGAGCCGGUUCUCGGGAUGCAGCUGGGAGCCCCGCCGCCCGCGGGCGUUGAGCGGUGUGGGGUGCGGGAGGGUGGAGAUCGUUAGGUUCUCGCAGUCCCAUGGCACAGGCGUCCUGGUCGGGUGGCCUUCUCCCUCCAGUCGCUAACUUGUCCUCGCCCUGGGCGCACCCCGGGGGCGCUGGGGAGGAGCUGGAAGAGGGAAGCCGGACAGGCACUCUUUCUCAGGAGGAGCGCCGGCCAGGGCCGCCGGCUGCCGGGAGCAUCCCUGGCCUGGACCGUCGUCCGGCCGGAGGUCCGGGAAGGCAGCCGUGGGGCCCAGCGUUGGCUGAUGCCGGCGAGGACCCCGAGGCUGGUGCGGCAGAGCGGAGGCGGGAGCCGUCGGCGGGCGGCCCGGUGCCCGCCGCGCUGCAGCGUCUUCGGGCGGUGUUAUUGCGGUUGUACCGGGAACGCGAGCAGCUUCUGCAGGCCCGGGACUGCGCCCGCCAUCUACAGGCGGUCCUGCGCCUCCUCGGGCCCCGCGCGCCUGACACCCUGCCCCAGCUGUGCAGGGAUCUGCCGCUGUGCCCUUCCCGAGGAGAGGGCAAGCGCCUCGGCCGUCGGACCACUCCCGAGCCGCUACUCCUUGGCCGCCCCAUCGGACUAGCUACCCAGCACCUGGAGGCUGCCAUCGAGAUGCAGCUUCGCGCCCUGGGCCGGGCACCCUCCAGCCUGGGCCUGACGUCCCAGCUAACCGAACUCCUGCAGGUCCUUCCGGUCUACCACACUCUCCAGGGCCGAGCCUUGAACCACGUCCCGAGGGCAGCGCGCCCCUUCCCUCCGGUCCGUGUGCUCCACCUCCUGGCCGCGGAGCGGGGUUGCCUGGUGGCAGACAGGCUGGUAGAAGCGCUCGGGGGAUCCGGCUUGCUGGACCAGCUCCGUCUGCAGUGCUUAGAGGAGCAAGAGCUGCUGCCCGGGCUGCUGGGCCUAAUAGGGGGCGUGGCUAGCACAGACAGCCCGGGACUGAGGCUCGGAGGGGCUGGAGCCCUGUGGAGCCAAUAUUGGACCCUAUUGUGGGCAGCCUGUGCUCAGAGUCUAGACCUAAGACUGGAAUCCUGGAGGGACCCCAGGGCAGCAGCACAGCAGCUGAACCAGGCACUAUGUCAAGUGUCGCUGCCUCCGGAGUGUGAGAAGGCGCUGGCUUCUUUGUGUCACAGCCUACUUCAUCAGUCUCUUGUCUGGAACUGGGACCAAGGUUUCUGCCGGGCAUUAGGAUCAGCCCUUGGGGAUCAGAUCAGCCCUGCCUCACCCUCUCGAACCACUGAGCUAUUGCAGGGCCUCUUCCUUCCUCUCUUGGAUGACCUCCGGCAACCUAGGUCAGGACUUAUCCUGUGUCAUCCAGGUCCUGCACCUGCUGCUCUGGGGCUCUGUACCCUGCAGACCACCUUGCUGUGGUUCUUGGGAAGAGUUCAGCAGCACCUGUCAGCAUGGGCCCCAGGUCCCUUCCUGGUCCUGAUCCAGAAUGAUUUACCUCCUCUAUUGCAUGAUGUAGAAGCUCUGUCCAUAUUGGCCUCAGAGGGGAGCUCAGCUCUGGAGAUGGAGCAGCAGCUAGGCCUGGAGAUCCAGAAGCUGACUAGACAAAUGCAGUUCCUACCUGAAGAGUCACUGAGUCUCUUUUUCCAAGAAUGCCAUAAGCAAGCCACACAGGGCUUCCAGCGCCACAUGCCACGCGGACGGUACUGGAGGCUUCGGCUGUGUCCCGAACAUCCCAGUGCUCCUAGUGAGUAUGCAGGGAUGGUGGUCCGCACUGUAUUGGAGCCUGUGCUGCAAGGAUUGCAGGGAUUGCCAUCCGAAGCCCAGGCCCCUGCCCUUGGCCAGGCACUGACAGCCAUACUGGUUGCCUGGCUUGACCACAUCCUCACCCAUGGGAUCCGGUUCAGCCUGCAGGGGGCGCUGCAGCUCAAACAAGACUUUGGAGUGGUCAGGGAGUUGCUGGAAGAGGAUCAGUGGGACCUGUCCCCGGAGCUUCGUCAGGCUUUGCUCAUGCUCAGCAUCUUCCAACAGCUAGAUGGGGCUCUGCUAUGUCUACUGCAGCAGCCCCUGCCCAAGAACACAGUCCAAAGAAGGCUUCCCUGUUGCUGUGUUUGUGAUGAGAUUCAGACCACGGAAUUGCCCACCAGCAGCCUCAACAGCCUGGAAAUCUUGGCACCCCCUCUACAGCCUGAAGCCUCUCCAGCUCAGUCAGCUCACCUACUAAGAGCCCUAGGAGGAGGAGGACCUAGUCCUGAGGCUUACCUGGUGGGAAAUCAGCAGGCCUGGCUUGCCCUGAGGUUGCACCAGCAACCUCGUUGGCACCUGCCUUUUAUUUCCUGCCUGGGUACAAGUCCUGAACCCUAAGUUGCCUAGGACCAGGAGUUCCAAAGCAUUA